AUAGCGUGUUGGUGAAGCUUUUUAUAUCAUUACAUUGUAUCCAAAGAUAUUGUAAAGAUGUUUUGAAUUUAAAUUUAGAAAAAUAUCGUAUUUGUGAACUUUUUAAACAAAGUAUAAUAGAAGAUGAAUACUCCACAAUCUAAUAAAAAAAAGAGAAAUAGAAUUGGUGUUCAUAAUGAUUGCACAAACAAUUCAAAUAAUGAAGUACUAAAUGUACAAGAAGCAACAAAGUUUGUUUUAGUAAAUCCAAUAGGUGAGGAUAGUAAUAAACCUGUUAAAAUAGAAAUAGCUGAAGCACUUCCGGUUAUAACUAUUGAAAGUAGUGAACAGGAUGAGAAAAAUUUAACUUCGAAGGAAAACUCUAAUUCUGAUAAAGAUAAAGAAGAUAAAAACACACUGAAUAGUUUACCUACUGCAAAAGUUAUAGAAAUAGAAGGAUAUGAAAGGCAACUUGGUGAAGCUGAACCUCUUCCAAAUUCUUAUGUUAGAUUUAUGGAACGGAGUGGCGAAGAGCUUGAUGUUUGUAUUGUUGUUAUAGGAGAAGUAGAAUAUGAUCUGGAUGAGGAAGAUACUGCAUGGCUAUCUAUAGUUAAUGAACGACGAAUAGCCUCAGGACUUUUACCUCCAUUAGAACCAGAUAUAUUUGAAUUAUUAAUGGAUAGAUUAGAAAAGGAAUCUUAUUUUCAACAAGAAAGUAAUGGUGGAGUUGGUAUUGCUGCUGAUGAGGAUGCAGUAUGUUGUAUAUGUAUGGAUGGAGAAUGUCAGAAUAGUAAUGCUAUUUUGUUUUGUGAUAUGUGCAAUCUUGCUGUUCAUCAAGAUUGCUAUGGUGUACCAUAUAUUCCUGAAGGACAGUGGUUGUGUAGAAGAUGUUUACAAAGUCCAUCUAGAGCCGUCGAUUGUGUGUUGUGUCCAAAUAGAGGUGGUGCUUUCAAACAGACUGAUCGUCCAGCUACAUGGGCUCAUGUAGUAUGUGCAUUGUGGAUACCAGAAGUAAGAUUUGCUAAUACAGUUUUCCUAGAACCAAUAGACAGCGUAGAAAGUAUUCCUGCAGCUCGUUGGAGACUUACUUGUUGUGUUUGUAAACGUAGAGGUGCAGGUGCAUGUAUUCAGUGUCAUAAAACUAACUGUUAUGCAGCAUUUCAUGUUACUUGUGCACAACAAGCUGGUCUUUGUAUGCGUAUGAGAACAGUACAACCUGCUAAUGGAGAACCAAUGCUAGUUCAGAAAACAGCAUAUUGUGAAACACAUACACCAGCAGAUUAUCAGCCUUCUACAAAUCCUGCUGAUGCAAGACGAAGAGCAAUUGCUAAUAAAAAGAGUUCAUCUGCACCAGUUAUAUCCAUACCCACAAUACCACCUGAACGUAUAAAAGAAAUUGCUAGUUUAGCAGAAGGUCUCCCAAAGAGAAGUCAGUUGAUUCAACGUCUUAUAGCAUACUGGACACUGAAACGUCAAUAUAGAAAUGGUGUACCUCUCCUUAGAAGAUUGCAAAGUUCACAUCCACAAUCAAGGCCUCCUCCAUUAGGAGGUAAUUGCUCGCCGUCUCCAGAUAGUGAAUUACGCGGAGAACUUUAUCGUCAACUUAAGUAUUGGCAAUGUUUACGACAGGAUUUAGAACGUGCUCGAUUGCUAUGUGAAUUAGUACGAAAACGAGAAAAGCUGAAGAAAGAAUUAUUCAAAGUGAAAGAAAAGUGCUUAUGGUUUAAAUUACGACCUUUGGAAAGUAUUUUGCUUACAUUAUUAGAAGCUAUUAAAUUAAGAGAUGUUAAUGAUGUAUUUGGUCAACCAGUUAAUACUAAAGAAGUUCCUGAUUAUCUUGAUAUAGUUUCACAUCCAAUGGAUCUUUCUACAAUGCAGAUUAAAAUCGAGAAGCAGGAAUAUGACACUAUUGGAGCUUUUGAAACAGAUUUCAAUUUAAUGGUCAAUAACUGUUUGGCUUAUAAUCGUAAAGAUACCAUGUUUUACAAAGCAGGAUUGAAAAUGAAAGAGCAAGGUGGUUUGCUCAUAGAACAAGCUUGUAAAGAUUAUCCAGAACUUAAUACUCUUUGUCAAACAGAACAAAGUGCUUCGAAAUCUAGAAAAAGAGAAAGAUCUAAUCGUAAUCGCAAUGAAACGGAAUUAAAUACAGGAGAAAAAGAAGUUGGUGCAGGUGGUGUCAAUCGAAGAACAGCUGUACUGUUUACCCGUAAAGCCAAAGCACGUGCUAGCAGAAGUGGACAAAUGUUCCUUCCAGAAAAUAAUCAGAAGAAACAAAGUGACAGUUUCAAAGUGUAUAGAAGCGGAACAAUGGACAGUGAUGCCGGUGAAGGAGAGAGUCAAUCAUCAAGUUGUAGUAGUUGUUCAACAAGCAGAUCUGCUACACCAGAUCCAGAAGAAGAAAAACAGAGAUUAAAUACACAUGAAGCCAAUAAAGAAACUAAUGAAAAAUCAGGAAAUAGUGGAAAGUUAGAAGCUUUACAGCUUGUAUGGGCUAAAUGUCGUGGAUAUCCUUGGUAUCCAGCUUUGAUUAUAGACCCUAAUACACCUCGUGGUACCAUACAUAAAGGUGUACCUAUUCCAGCCCCUCCUGAUGAUGUAUUGGUACUAGCUAAUAAUUACAAAGAACCAGUUUUCCUUGUUCUUUUCUUCGAUACGAAACGUACAUGGCAAUGGCUACCAGGCGAAAAACUAGAAAAAUUGGGUGUAUCCCAAGAACUUGAUGAAUCUAAACUAAUAGAGUCGCGUAAACCUGCUGAUAGGAAAGCAGUAAAAAAGGCCUAUCAAGAAGCUUUGCAUUACCGAAAACAGACACAUAAUACUACGUUAAACGCAGGAUCAAACAUCUAAUUCAUGCAUCUUACAUAGUUUUGCAAUUUAUAGUUAUUUCAAUUUGUUAUAUAGUUAGUUCAAUUCACUCUGUAAUACAUUGAUUAUGACUCAUUCUUAAAAAAUACCUUUAAUGAUUAUAUAAUUUUAUAAGUAUAUAUAUAUGUGUAUAUAUAUAUGUGUAUAUAUAUAUGUAUAUAUAUAUAUAUAUAUAUAUAUAUAUAUGUGUGUAUAUGUAUAUAUAUAUGUGUGUAUGUAUAUGUAUAUUUAUGCUUUCUGGCUUAAAUAUAUUUCAUUCGUUUUUAUAUUUUAUUUGAUAUUUACAUAUAAGAUUAAUAAAAUGAAACAUAUAAUUUAUGUAACAAUAUUCAAUUUUGUUGGACGAAUUUAGCAAGUUCAUUAGCAUACAUGUCCAGUCGUUGGGUCAUCUAAAAAAAUAUAUUAAGUAUUAAUUCUUUAUAAAUGAUUUAUACUCAUUGAACAUUACAUAUAUUCGACAUUUUUGAUGUAGUUCGUAUAUGGAAAUAUUUGUACUUAUUUUUAAAAAAAAAAAAAGAAAAAAGGAAAAAAAAUUAAAAUAAAAUAAAAAAAAAACUUACUCUAAAUCCCCAUAUAUCUUUUGCUUGUCUGCAAAGAUUAAGAUCCAAAUCUGCAAUAAGUAUUCCAUCAUUAGAUCUACUUAAACCUGGGGUCCGUGUGCCAUCAGGUGCAGUAAUAUAAGAGGAACCAUAAAACUGCCCAAAAUCAUUAUGAGAUGGCUUCCCAUCACCCGACGUAAAUUUAUUGGGAAAUAUUUCAGUCCCAACUCUAUUGAUGGCACACGUAAAAUAAUUAUUAGCAAUUGCAGCACAUCUUGCUUCUAUAGGCCAUAAAGGUUCAGAUAAAUUACCAACAGUGGCUGAUGGAUUGAAGACAAUCUAAACAUAAUUUAAAUUCGUUUAGUUUAAAUUCCAGAAAGAAGAAAAUUACAAUAUAUUUACCUCUGCUCCAUUUAAUCCAAACAUAAGCCAGUUUAAAGGAUGAUGACGUCCAUAACAUAUAUUAACAGCAAUGCGUCCAUAACAAGUAUCAAAAACAGGAUGUCCUGUAUUUCCUUCCAUAUAAUACGUAGAUUCAUUGAAAUCUCCAACACGUGGUAUAUGAUUUUUUCGAUGUUUACCAAUAAUUUUACCAUCUAUAUUAAUAAUAACAGAUGUAUUCCACAAAGUAUCUCCAUUAGCACUAUCUCUUUCCAAAAUUGGAGAAAUAAUAAUCAUAUUAUGUUCUUUUGCUAAUUUUGAUAAUAAUAAAUUUGUUGGCCCAUUUUCAGCAUCCUCAGCGAAUUCGCACCAUGGAUAUCUUUCUCUUGUACAAAAUACAAAUGGCAUAGCUAUAAUACAAUUAUCAUUUUAUAAAAAUUAUUAUGAUGUAAAUUUUUAUCUCAUAUAUAUAUAUAUAUAAACAUACGCCAAGCUUCUUGUAGACAAAUUAUAUUAACUUUGCAAGUAGCUGCAUAAUCAAUAUAUUCUUUUAUUUUAUUAUGUA